CCAACCUGCUGGGUCGGUGCCCUACAGCUCUUCAUCACCGCUGCUUCACGUCGCUACCUCGCGGACCCGUUAGCGGAGAAAUGGCUGCAGCUCUGUCGCGUGCCCUCAAACUGCCCGGGAAGAAGGGCUCGGAGCUUGGGGAGUACGACCCUCUCACCCAAGCAGACAGCGAGGACGAGAGUGAAGAGGACGAUCUCGUGCUCAACUACCCCCGAAAUGGCCUUGGCAGGGACAGCUGCCUCGGCCCGGGGUCCUCAAAGCUGCGGGGAGGCAGGUCCGGAAGACUCGUAGGGGCCAAAGACGAGGCACAGGAGGACGAGGAGGAAGAGGAGGACGAAUGGAGAGAGCGACUCCCCAGCAAAUCCAGGCAGGACAGAGACGACAUGAAAAGCACGCAGUACUGGAGCCAAAGGGACUCGGGCAGGGACAGGGCGGGGGAGGACAGAGGGGGAGGCGGUCCGAUGGGAGGUGCCGGGCUGGGGGUCCACAGUAGUGAUGCGGAAGAGAAGAGGAUGAGGAUGAAGAACGCCGUCCGGAGUGCGUUUUUCUUGGUGCCUCUGGUCUGUGCCACAUUGCUCGUGCUGCUAUGUGCAUUCCUGAUCCCCUGCCAGAAGGGAGAGCUGGGGAAGAGGCCGCAGUGGGAGAAAGCUCUGGGAGAUGCAGGAGGUGUGACUCCACCCGCGCUGGCGUUGUGGGACGUUAACGGUGAUUCGGUGGAGGACGUGUUUCUCGGUGUCACCGAAUGGACCAAUGACACUCAUCCCACGCAGAGGAACAAAAUUUACAGUGCCGUGGCGCUGUCUGCGGUCAGCGGGCGGGAGCUGUGGAGGAAAGCCAUGGGGGAGCCCGUGAUGUACAUCCAGUGUGGUCUGAGGUACAGCUCCCAGCUGUCACCUCUGUGUCUCCUCAUCAGCAAAUCCAUCCUCAUAGUAGUCAAUGGCACCUCAGGGAAGAACUUGACGUCAGUCCAGCUGAAGAAUAUUGAAUCCCAGGCGGUGUUACUCCCAGACCUCGAGGGCGACUCAGUCCCAGAUCUGCUCAUUGCCACCCUGCCUGCAGAUGAGGCCUUGGAUCUGUCCCUGACGCUGAUCUCCGGCCUGUCGGGGACGCAGCUGGGACGUCCCGUUCCCUUCAACCUCACUGGACAGGGAAAGCUGAUCGGUCCUCUGCUGCAUGAGACACCGAAAGGGGCUUAUUACAUCCUCUUUGGACUCGGUAACGUGGAGGCCAUCUCUCUGCGUGACAUUUACGUUCGCGCCACUGGCAAAAUGCCCGUAACUCAGGCACUUAAAAUUAGAGAUCCAGGGUGGGAGGAACAGAAGAAAACCAAUUCAUCCUCCUUCAUACACGUUUACAGAGGAUCUGAGCGUGUGGACUUCCUGCUCCCUCUUGUGGCUGGUUUUGGCAACAACCACAACAGCCUGGACACCGUUUCUAACCUGAACUCCACCAGGAGCGACUGGGUGGUGGUGUAUGGCUCCAGCAAACUGUCGGUGCUCAAACAGAGGGACAUGCGUAAAAAAUGGACCUUCAGCUCAGCUCCCAUCCACAGCCAACCAGCCCUGGGACACUACAAUGAUGACGGCAUCCUUGACCUUUUCUUCCAGCAUUCAGCAAACGGCAUCAUGGAGGCGCAGGUCAUUGAUGGGGCAAACGGGCACCUCCUCUGGUCAGCGGAGUUUGUGUGCCCUCGUCUCGUUUUGCAAACUUCUGCAAUUUCCACCUCGACCGGCCAAUCAGCUUUCCUCUUUUGGGCCAGCGAACCAAUCAAUGCACAGAGGAAUGCUACCAAGACAACCGUGGCACCAGGUGUUGCUGCAGCAGAGCCGCUCAUCAGAAAGCUCUUCCUGCUGCACUCCGCAUAUCCCACAAUCCUGCUGGAGCUCACUAGUACCACAGACACCGCAGUCACCUCUGCAGUGAGUUAUGAGGAACAUCAGAAGGACGCCUCCUACAUCACCGUAUCCUCCCGGCCCACAACUGACUCGGAGCCCAGCGCUCGGAUAGUCAAGAGCAUGAGCCUCAGAGCCGCUAUCACCAAGGGACAAAUCGUGAGACUGGGGGAAGGCAACAAGACCGGGGCUCCCAUCAAACCUGGCGUGUUCGAGGUCAACAAGUUCUUCAGGCGUCUGUCCUUCAAACAUCAGUGACGAGGCGCCACUGCUCCUGUCGGCGCUGUGUCACACGAAGCGGUACGAGGCGCUCGAGCGAGGAUGAAAGGGAUGUAAGCUGUGGACGGUUCUGCACUAAGGACACACUAAGAGUUCAUUUGAGGCUGUUUACAUCUUGUUUUAUUCACUAAGUACAAAUUUAACUUCUGUUACUUGAGAGAUUUCUUUGCUCAUUUGUAGGUAGGGAUUUUAUUUGUAUUGUUUUGGUUGUUUUGGUUUAUAUUGUGUUUGUACAAUGAACUUUAUUUAAAUUAUUUAACUUGCAUAUGGGGAAGUGUGUAAAAAUUUAAAUUGAAUGAUAUUGAUUCUGUGGACUUGGAUGGCAAAGGAAUAACUUCAUACUUUAUAGUUUAUUACUGACAGUGAGGGUGAAAGAACAUUUAAAUGUGUUUACAGUAUGCAUCACUUAUAUAACUCUUCCAAGGCCAGUGUAUUCACGUGGUGUCAUCCCUCAGUCACAUGCAUUUCAUCACGAAAUAGCCACUAAUAGUGUUCUUUCUGCUCCUCACCAAGUUAAGGUGUAUAGGGAGUCUGUAAAUAUUUAAUGCUGUACAGUAUUUAUUGGUUUGCUUUAACGUUUUGAAUUCUCGUUGGAUUUUCUGUCUGAUUUUGUAUGUAAUAUAAUCAACCACUGUUUUAUUUUCUCUGAAUAUGUGGCUGCUAAGGGUUAUGGCAAUUCAAUGUAAACUGCAACUUCACAUAUUGCAAGAGAAAGUUUGG